GAAGACCUGACCGAGCGCGCGCUUGCGGAAUGGGAGAUGACCAAAGCCUCAGACGCCGACCGCGCGCCAUGGAUGGACAACGCGGGCUGGCCGUUCGUAAUGUCACACACAUACGGAACCGCCGCCUGGCAGGACGAGCAUGAAGACGAGCUCGCCGUUCUCUAUGACGCGCUGGACACCGACGCCCCUUUCACCCCGGCAUUCAACCCACCCACCCCCGCGCCAGAAAGAGUCGAGCUCCUCGCCACCGUGCUGCUGACCUUCCUGACCAGCCUCGAAGACGGCGUCAUCACGCCCGAGCUCUGGAAACACAUCGAAACCAGUCUCGCCGCGCAGGAACGCUACAAACAGCCCCUCGACCGCGACGACCAGAAAAUGAGCGUCUUGGAGAUCAUGGCCGCCCAGCCGCCUCACAACGCUACGUUCCUGCUGCUCCUGUCCUUCCUGCAGAACUUGAUCGCCCAGCUCACCAUCGCGAAUGCACCUGCGCCCGACGCGCCGAGGAAGAGCGUGGAGAUGCCGAGUAGUCCUCAGGCCAAGGUCAGGCGCAGGACGUUGAGUAAGGUCGCGGGCGAGGCGGUUAGGCAGUUAGUCGUGCGAAACUACUGUGUUGUGUUUGCAGAUGCGAUGUUCAAAGCCGAGGCGAAGAGGGAGAAGGAGAAGGAUAGGUUAGUUAGGAAGGAGAGGAUGGUCAGGGUGCUGGAUUUGUUUCUGGGCAAGGAGUGAUGCGAGCAAGGGGGGCGGAUGAUACCAUGAUUUCGUUUGAAGUGAU